AUGGCCCUUGCACUCAGUAACCUCCGCUGGGUUGUACAGAGAUCUCCACGCCCAGGAGAGGAGCCUGAGAGAGGAUUCAGAUGCAACACAAGUGGAAGAGCAGCAAGAAACACCAGUGUCUUGAACAAUAUGCAAAACAGCACACAGCCUUCCUUCAACAUUAAUACUUUUCAGAAUUUUGCAAUGCAGUUCUCUACCCCAGUGUGUAGAAAAUGCAUAUAUUAACAAAGAUAGCAGAAAAAAUGCAUAUAUUAACAAAGAUAGUACAAAAAAAUGCAUAACCUUAAGGAACAUUGCUUUGCAAAAACUUGUAUCUUAAGUAAAAUUGCAUACAAACACACAGAUAGGAGAAAAUUGCACUAAGUUGUUGAUUUAUUUCCAUGAUUAAUUUUAAGGGGGGGGGAGAUUAACUAAUGUGGAAAUGUGUAGAAUUGAAUUUAAGAUUGGAAAAAUGAGAUGGAGACAAACUGAAAUGGUCAAGUUUGCCCAUCCGUACACCCCAUGUAAACAAUGAUAAGAUUGUACUGUCAAGACAUUAGCAGCAGAAACUCACCAAGCAAAUUCCCUGUUUGGUUUUAGAACUAAAGUUGAAAUCAGACCCCGUGACAUAAGCUGUGCAGUGAAUGAACUGUGAUUCGUUGUUAUCGUGCUGUACUUGUCUGCUCUUGCCUUUGCAAAAUAGCUCCCUGGGACAUUUGUAAAAGGCUUUAUAAAUAAAAGCUAUAUUGUAUGGUACCCCCAAUCUCCCUCUGGUAGUUAGGAAAUCUUAUAACCAUAAUGUGCGAAACAGAUAGACUGUACGUGAUAAAAGACCUGCAAUAACCAAGCUAGGUGCCACCCUGGGCUUUCUUAACCUUGUUGUCCAUGCACAAACCCACUCCAGCAGAGCCAGCAGUUGUGUACAUAGCAAAGGUUCCUACAUGUUGGUUGAGGCAAUUGAUAUUCAGCAGCUGGCUUUGGGGUUUUGUUUUGUUUUUUAACCAAGUUUAGUACUACUUCUAACCCUCUGUGUGGAUCUUCAUAGCGUGCUUUCAAACAAGGGCUCAAUAUGCAGGCAGAUCGCUGAGAUACCAUUGUUGAGAUACCUGUAACUCAACUUGGCUUAAUUCCUCCAUUCCCAAACUGCUGCCAUUUUAGCUAAAGUAGUCAGUGUUUGUAGUAGACAAGGAAGCUUGAUGUCAUAGGACCAAUAUGCUUACAAAGGUUGUGUGCCACCUCCAGUCUCUGCUGAGUGGUAGCAAGAUUCCAGGUGGUUACAGGGUUGUGUUUCCAUUGGGAAUUCAGGCAUGUCAGAGAGUGUGGCACUUUAAAAUACAUGGUUUAUUUUACACCUAGAUACUGCACACCUGGGUGGAGGAAGAGAGUUCACAGCAUUACAUCUCAAGAGGGGCUUGUUCCCCACAGCAGUGCAGCUUUGCAGUCCAAGGCACACGAUUCUUGUUCUUCUGUCCCAGCCUGCCAAGAUGGUUCUGGUAAACAGGUAUGGUGGGUUCAUUGUAAUGGUCUUAUGCUGUGUGGGAAUGUUUGGAGAGGCAAAGAGGAAUGCAGAGGACCUUCCUCUCCACAAAUGGAGUCUAUCAGACCUUAUUCCUCUGAUUAACUGUUGUGUUGACAUUGGCAGAGUAAUUCUUGUGCAGAAUGUGUGAAACCAUAAUAAUCUCCUGAUGCAUGUGAAGAUGCUGUUUGAAAAAUGUGUGUGACAAUGGGAGCAAUCCUUAGGCUAUGGCUUCCAGAUUAUUAUUAACAGUAAAGGACAAACCCUGUUCUAAAAGGUAAACUGAUUCUUAUGCCAGUCCGUAGAAAAUACAUUUUCUGAGAACCAGUGCAACAUUGAAAAUACUAAAUGGGGUGGGAGAGUUUCUUUUGACUAUAUUGCAGAGAGGAAGGGUAUUUGUCGUGUGUGUGAAUUUUUGCUUGCUUAGGAGUUGAACUUGCAGUUUAUGAUGAGAGGAUAUCUCAUUAAUCAGGAAAAGGCAUGGGAGAAUCAGAAUAUUGUUUAUUUGUUUAAAUAAAUCCAUGUAUUGUUUAAAUUAUGGAUCAUUCAUGACACACCCUGUGUGUUUCUCCCAUGGAUAAAUAAGAAAGGAGGGCGGGGGGAGACAGAAAGGAAGGAAAUGAUUUUGCAUGGUUAAGCAGCCACUCCCCUUCAGGUCUGCUAAAAGUGGCAGCCUUCUGCAGCUGUUUUCAUUUUUUAAAAAAUUGGGGGACUGUUACACCCAUCCCAAGUGUAAUAUCUAGUUUGGCCUGAGUCAUGCAAAAUUGCUACCCUCUCAGAGCACAGAUAUUAUACCCUAUACAAAGCCAGCAUAAUUGUUACCAACUUAGCUAUCAUAAACAGACAUUUGAUUUGCUGAUCUAUAUUGCUAUCUCAAUACCAAAAAGGAAGAUUAAAAAAUGCUACUUCCUGCUUUCCUGACAUGAGGCUCUUUAGGGCCAACGCUGUGGAUGUGACAGAAUUGGGGGGGGGGGGCACUCUACAGGUUCCCUAAUCUAUGACCUAGGGUAUCUUUGUCUCUUCCUUGUAAAAUUCCACUGCAAAGCUGGUGGAUCUAACAAAGUGCUGUUUUCUUCCCUUCCCUUUGCUCCAACAAAUCCUCACUAAGUUUCUCAACCUUUAUGGGGGGCAGGGGGGCAGAGGUAGACACAUUUAUCUUCACCAUUAGAGAUACAUAUCUUUGUUGGCAUGAUCAGGUGGGGAAUUUCUCAGGUAAGGAAGGAACUAAAUUAAUUCAAGGCCAUUUUAGACAUGGCACGGGAGAUCUGUAAUCAGCUCUUGACUUCAACCCACCACACUUCCCCUUGCUCUUAGCUGCAGAGAGGGCAAAGGUGGGUUCAGUAUGAGUAUAUGUUGUUUUCCCGUUUCAUAGCUAAUAGCCGCUGGGAACAGGGGAAAUUAGAAGGGAGGAAAAUAGCACCAGAGGAAAGGGUUGGUAUCCCCUCUCCUUAGCACUAUGGCUGCAGUCCAAAUCUUACGUCACUUGCAUAUGCCUUUAUAACAACAACAACAACAACAACAACAACAACAACCGGAAGAAGACUUCAAGAAAUCCAAUCUCAGACCUAGUUGGGACCUCAGUCAUUGUGGGCUGGGCUUAUGUCCAGACAUAUGUGGAGGAGCUUGUAUACCUUAAGGAUGGCAAUUUUAAAAAUUGGAUAUAAUGUGGUCACAGCAGUUAAUGGCAAAACAUUAUUUAAUUUCAUCUGGAAUUGGUUCCAGACUCCAGCGGGGGACGUAUUUACCAUUCAGGUUCUAGAAUUACAUCAUUCUUAUAACUGAUACGGAAGGGGGGGGCAUGUCUUCUUCACCUUCUUCUUCGCUACAAUAUAUCCAUUUAUUUCCAAUUGUCAAUGUCAGAAGGGACUAAAAUCUAUAAAAUUCAUAGAAAAUCAACAUGCCAAUUUGCUCAAUUUCUCUAGGACUCCAUGACACCUCCCCUGUCCUCCAUAAUCCCUCAAGCAAGGUGUCAGGACCCUAAUCCUGUCAAAUCGCUCUGCCAAGCCCUUCCUCCGGGCGAUGCCAGGUGACAGACUAUGCAUACAUGGACCAUUGUCUUCUCAGGAUGUGCUUAUCUGCGCAUAUCUCCAGCUCUGCAUAUUCCCCCCUCCCUCCUCCAUAUGUUAAUCCGGUGUAACCCAAACUCUUCUUAAUGUAUUCGUGAUGUAAUCUGUGUAACCCAACCUCUUCUUAAUGUAUUCAUGAUGUAACUGGGAUGUAUUUUGCACUGUAUUCUGGGACAUGGAGGGAAAUUUCAAAAGUUCAUGUCACCCCUUUCUCGCUGUUCAAUCUUGCCUUGAACCUGUUGCGCAAUAAACUUGGAUCUUCUGCAGUUUGCUCCUGUCUCCGGCUGAGCUCAUUUUCUUCCGCAGGGACCCGCGGACUUAGUCCGACGAGCUGGGUGGCAGAGUAGCCCCGCACCCAGAUUUUACCGUAACAUAACUAAACAGAGAUAAUACUAAAGAGCUGGUCCCAUAAAGCAUGACUUAACAAUUUAUUUUGGCUGAAUGGGUAUGAGGAUUUAUUGUCCUGCUUGCAAAAGAGGCCAGCUGAUAAAUCCAUCCUAAGUAGAUAAGCUAUACAAAUUCACUUGAAAGAAAUGCUUUAAAUCCCUCAUCUACUUCAGGUUACAGAAUUGACCAGCCAGAAAAUGCAGGAGUCAAGUCUGCUGAGCUCUUAAGAGAAAGCCCAUGCCCUUGGCAGCAGCCAUUUCCAGAUCACUCAGGCCACAGUUUUCUUUGCUGUAGCUCUUAGGAAUUGUUGUAUUACGCAAGAAGUUAAAAGGAUUGAGCAGUUAAGGGAGCAAAUUGCAGUUCUUGGUGAGGGUCAAAAGAGAAGCAGGGUGAGAAAUGUGUGGCCCUUUCUCCCAAUUUAUCAAUUUAUUAUUAACUUUAAAGCAGCCUGAAACGACUCUGAUUUCAGUUGGAGGAGGAGGAGCCCCUGGGAGAGGGUUUUAAAAUCAGCUAGGUGGUGGGGUCAGGGGAGCUGGUGGAUUAUUCCAUCUGACAAGCUAACCUUAAAUAAACUUUGCUCUGUCUGCCUAGUAUCCAACUGCAUUUGGCAAAAUUCCAAAGCAGAAAAAGAUAAGAAUGACCUAAUGAAAUAGGACUUGGAUCCUCAGGGAAAGUUUUUGCAUUGCCUCUAGAUAGGAUGCUGCAACCUGCCUAGUGGGAAAACAGCAUAGAAUUAGGCUGCAUUUUUGUUUACAGUGGUUAAAAACUGAUGUAACACUUCUUUGAAGGUUACCUCAUAUUAGUUUGUUACCCUCUGGAAUUCACUUACUUGUGAAUUCAAUUACCUUUCCCUGUUAAUGGACAAAUAAACGAAGAAGAGACCUUAUGCCUAAGAAACAUCCACAGCAUGCAUUUAAAGCACAUUCAACUCACAUUUAAAGCACUUGGUUUCACUCAAAGAACCCCGAGAACUCUAGUUUUCUCCUCAGAGAGCUACAGUUGCCAGCAACCUUAACAAACUACAGUUCCCAGGAAACCAAGGAAGCAGCAAGUUGCCAGCUUCAGCCUCUGCAAAGUAUCCCUUAUCUUUAAGAGUUGUAAAAGAUAACAUUUUGCCAGCUUCCUACCACUAUUGACUGGAUUUCACAUAGUAAAGUGACCUGUCAUGGAAGGCUAAGAGGACACAUUGGUCAGAAAGCUAGACAAGAACUUUAUUAUCCCUCUCAGACAAGAACAGAGACACGAAAUUGUAUACUCCACCCAGAAAUAACCCAGGCCAGCGCCACCUAGUGCCUAACUAUAAUCACACUAUCCACAUGAACUAAUCAAGCAGUUCUGCCCCACCUGCAGCUUCUAGUUUCCUUCCCCUUCUUGCUCUUAAGUCCCACAUAUGGUUCCAAUCUUUUUUUCCUUUUUUUUAAAUCAAGACAGGAAACAAAGCAAAGUGAACAGUUUCCUAAUUAAGAUCCAGUCUCCUUUGCCGGCUAAUCCUCUCUCUGUGCUUAUUUUAUUUCUGGAUAGCUGCAGGAAAGCAGACCAAAACUUCCACCUUUAUUUUUAUUAAAAGUUCCUGAUUACACUGUGUGUCUGUCUGUGGAAAGCUAGUUCCUGGAGCAUUUCCAUUUUGCGGUUCAUGCCAUGUUGCGGCUGAGAUUUAACAGCCUAAGCCUAUACUUAAGCAAGGGGCAAGCAGAGGGCAGAACUCCCCUGCAGUGCUACUCUAUUAGCUUCAGUGAAUGAGGUCCCUGUGUAUGAGUCUUGAGACCUCACACUGCCUAAUAAGUGUUCUCCGCAUAAUGUCUGGGCCUGAGCUGCGGCUGGAUUUGGAGGACUACAAACACAUAUUCCUCAUGGGAGUCUCAGGAGACUUUCACAAGCUGCUUUCCUAAUCAGAGUUGAUGUGGUGUGUAGUCUAAAUUCAGCUCAGGUAUCACUUUAACCAGCCAUGUCUGCUGUGCUUUUACAAACCGCCUUCUGUUUCUUCCCUGUUGCACACAAUUUCUUCCUGCCACCAAUAUAUUCUCACAGAAUCAUAGAGCUAGGUCAUCUGUUCUGUUGCUGCCACCACUCCACUUGAUGCAGGAAACCCAGAGCUACAGCAUUUCCAAUAAAUGGCUGCCCAACCUCUGCUUAAAGACCUCUAGUGAGGGAGAGCACAUCACCCCUUUAGGUAAUUGGUUUCCAUGUUGGACUGUUCUUACUGUUCAGCGACUUCUCCUAAUGUUCAACCCAAAUCUCACCUCCUGUAACUUAGGUCCGUCUGAUCUAGUCCUGCAUUCUGGGGCAGGAGGAAACAAGUCUUUGCCCCUUCUACAGUGACAACUCUUCUAGUACAGUGGUGCCCCGCAAGACGAAUGCCUCGCAAGACGGAAAACCCGCUAGACGAAAGGGUUUUCCGUUUUGGAGGUGCUUCGCAAAACGAAUUUCCUAUGUGCUUGCUUCGCAAGACGAAAAUGUCUUGCGAGUUCCUGCAGGGUUUUUUUCCUUUCCCCCCCCUUUUUCCCAAGCUGCUAAACCGCUUAUCAGAUGAUGGCUAAGCCGCUUAUCAGCUGAUCUUUAAGCCGCUUAACAGCUGAUGCUAAGCCGCUUAUCAACUGAUCUUUAAGCCGCUUAACAGCUGAUGCUAAGCCGCUUAUCAGCUGAUGCUAAGCCGCUUAUCAGCUGAUCUUUAAGCCGCUUAACAGCUGAUCUUUAAGCCGCUUAACAGCUGAUGCUAAGCCGCUUAUCAGCUGAUCUUUAAGCCGCUUAACAGCUGAUACUAAGCCGCUUAUCAGCUAAUACUGUAACGCUAAGCGCUAAACCUCUAAUGGGCUUGCUUCGCAAGACGAAAAAAUCCGCAAGACGAAGAGACUCGCGGAACGGAUUCUUUUCGUCUUGCGAGGCACCACUGUAUUGUAACAGUGCUAUUAUGUCCCCUCUCUCAGGUACACACUGCACACACUAGCCUAUUUGUAGCACACAAAAACAUUGUUUUUCUUAAACUAGAAUCAUGCAUGCUUUUCCUUACCAUGCUGCUUACAAUAUACAGUGGAUGCUCAGGUUGUGAACGUGAUCCGUGUGGGAGGUACAUUCGCAACCCACAGCGUUCACAACACGCAGCAUCGCGUCUGCGCAUGGACGGGUUGCGAUUUGGCGCUUCUGCACAUGCGCAAAGCGCGAUUUAGCGCUUCUGCGCAUGCACGAGCGCCGAAACCCGGAAGUAAUCUGUUCCGGUGCACAACCUGAAAACACAUAACCCGAAGCGUCUGCAACCUAAGGUAUGACUGUAGUUUGAGUCCAGGUUCUGCCGUCCACAAAGCUGGGUUAGGUUACUUUGUAUGUAUUUUGAAAACCAUGCAAUCCAUAUAGUCUCUAGGCUAAGAAUAUCCAGUUCUUCCUGCCUUUCUUCAUAGAACUUGUUUUCCAGACCACUGACCAUCUUUGUUGUCCUUCUCUGAACCCAUUCCUAGUUGUUUAUGACUUUUUUUUGAAGCGCAGUGGCGAGAUCUAGACACAGUACUCUCAAAUGGAUUCAUUUCCUAAAUUCUGGGGUGUGUUUUUUGUAACAAUAUAAACAACUAAUAUGCUCACAGUUUUGUUCUGUAUGGUCAGAACUCAAAAUUGACAUCUGAAUGCGGAUAUGACAAGGGUAAUAAUAUACCCUCUUGACCCUGAGCCAACCUGAUAUAGGCCACAGUAUAAGACACUGGGGAGGAAGAAACUCAGUUGCAAUGGACAGGAUAGUCUUUAGUGAUUUUGCACCUCCAAUCAGCCCACGUUGGACCUUGUGUGGUGCAGUUGCACUGGUAAUAAUAGUCCAUGCCACAGAUCACAUUGUUUUUUUGCCUUGCACAGCAGUUUAAAGGAUCAGGUAAUUUGCUGCCCAACCAAAUAAAAGAAACAUUUUUUUUACAAACAGACAGACUUUAAGCUAAGGAUGAUACAUACUUCGGCAGAUACUUGCAAAAACAAAACUCAGACUCGUAUUUCUCUUCUGAAAAAGGCUUUGAAUGUUCAUUGUAUAAACAUUAUGUGCUGUGAUAAACAGCACAGUCCUAAGCACAUCUACUCAGAGAUGAGUUCUAUUGAUGUCAAUGGGUUUUACUCCCAGGUAAGAGGUGUAAGAUUGCAGCCAAAUACACACACACACACACACACACACACAGCAGAACUUCACUUCUCUGGGGCUUAUGUUUUGUAGAAUUCAUGCUCUCCUGAAGUAAAAGGAUAUUAUUAAAUCAUUCCAUCAAGUGCACAUAAGGCAUUGAAGCCAAAGAAAAUAAGGGAGGAGCAUCAAAGGACGUGCUGUGUGUGUUUCACAGGCAGUUUUAUAAACAUCCUUUCCUUUCAAUCUCCAGAUCUGGAGUAAAAUGCUAGCACAUCAGCUAGCAUAUCAGCUGCAGCUGAGCAUGACUGGUAAGUGAAUUGCAUCUCUUUGAAGAAAUGCUCAGAUCUCUCCGAUCCAUUUUAAAAUCUGAAGUUCUAGAGAGAUGUGAGGAAAUAUUUUUUGAUUUCUAGCCUGUUGGGUUACUUACAGUAUGUAUGUUUGGAGAAAUGAUGGCCCUCAAGAGAUGUUGCUGGACUCCAGCUCCUGUCAGCCCCAGCUGGCAUGAGCAGAUGAGCAGACAUGAUGGGUGUUGCUCAACAACAUCUAGAGAGCCACAGAUUCCCUAUCCUUGGCUUACAGCAUUAUUUUGGUCUGAUGUGAGACAUUCAUUGUAUACUGCAGUGCUGGAAAUGUGGGCAUUCAUCCUGAUUUGUUGGAGGGAAUGGUAGAUUAUAUUGUGUCAAGCCAAGGGCUAUCCCACACUUUCCACUCCAUUUUCCUGUUACUGUACACAUAAAGUACAGUGUUUUGGGGAAACGGGUUUUUUACGCAACGUUCCCCCCCCCCAACCACUAUAACUGUGUGACCAGAGUUUGUUGAUACACGAUUGUCACUAUUUACAAGUGGGAUUCAAUUUGGAAGCUCCCUAUGGCUAAAAGAAACAGGGAGGACCAAGUCACAGUGUUUUGCUUCCCCCAAUUCCUGGUCCUUAGUCCCCCUGUUCUGUGACUACAACACACACUUUCCGGCACCAGAACAUGCCAUUUCCCUAACAGCAAAGAGGCGCAAUUGCAUUACAUUGAUUACAUUAGCUUGCAGUGAAUGGAUUUUCUUGUUGCAGGCGGAAACAGGUUUUAUUUAGUUCAGUUCUGCAAGUAACAGGAAGUUAAUCCAAGGCCGCUAUCAAGCAGGGAUGGGGAAUCUGAGAUCCUCCAGAGGUUGUUGGACUUCAGCUCCCACCGUUCCCAGCCUGCGAGGCCAACAAUGAUGUAAGCAGGGAUGAUGGGAUUCAUAGUCCAGCAACAUCUGGGGAGCCAGAUUUCCCAUUGAAAUUAAGGCACUUAAUUUAGGCUUGAACCCUUGAACACUUAUUAUUUGUUAAAUUUAUAAUAUAUAUACUGCCCUUCAUCUGAAGAUCUCAGGGCAGUUUACAAUAUAAAAUCACAGCAAAAACCCAUUAACAUGCAUAGGUUACACUGUUAGCCAUCUUCAUGAAUUUCAGUGGGUCUACUCUUAGUAAAACAUGGACAUUUUUAUUCCUCAAUGGCAGUCCCUCCAGAGCCCCCCAAUUUAGCAUGGUUUAAGUUGGGAGCUUCAAGGAUGCUUCCUUCUGAUCUUCUGGCCCGCAGGCUGGGCAGGGCAAUUUCACAGUUUCUUGCCCCCUUGCAGGAGGGUGUAAAUGAACCAUAUAAAUGGCUGAGGUGAUCUGCUGCCUUAAUCACUCAUUAGAGCCCAUAGUUAAAUUUGGAAAGAAGACAGCUAUUAGCAUGGUAGGUACCAUGGAAACAAAACUCUCCACUAAUGAGAGUUGCCACUUCCCUGUUUAGGGGGAGUGCAGUGCAUGGGGGGGAAAUGAGAAGAGGAACGCAGAGAGGGAAGCAUAGGGUGCAGUGGUGGGAGGGCAGGGAGGAGCAGGCUGCAAAGGAGGAGAUGCUCAGGUGAGCAGAGCAAGAUGUGAGCAACCACCCUGGUGAGAUGUUAUUUGCAAGUCUGUACUCACAGAGCUCCUGUUCCACAUUUCCAAGUGGGCUGAAGGUUAUGUAAAUAGUCUUUAUUUAGAACUGACAACCACAGUGUUAGCGAUGGGCAAAAAGCUGUAUUUGUUUUUACUUUUUGAAAGUGUAAAAAUAAUUAUCUCCUUUUGUUCCUUCCCCCCCUUUUGCUAAAGCUUAGCUCUGUUGCUCCUUUGUCUUUGAAAUUGAAUAUAUAUAUAUGUGUUCCAUUUCAAAGAUAUAGAGGCAUGCAAAGAUUAGGAGUUCUUUCAGACAACCUGAUUAUUGAGCACUAGCAAGAUGUACCUGGUGCUGCUCAGCAAUUUGAAGGUGGGGGAGGAAUAGUGUUAUGAGUUGGAGGAAGUAGGCUGUACUUGCCUGGAUCUAGCAAGUGGUAAAAUCUAAUUAAGGAUUCAAAUUCCUGGAUUAGCCAAGCUAGCUUUCUGGUGAGGUGAUAGCCUAGGACCAGUUAAUGGGCACUUAAGGGAACAAAGAAAGUGGAUCUGUGCCUCAGCUCGCCAGUAGUUGGAAAGACAAAGGCCAGAGUGGAGAGUGGCAUUAUGUCAGCUAGAAGGUUGAAGCAGAAAAGGCAGCAGGCUAGGGAGCCAGCCAGCCAGCCAGUGAUGCUCGAUUUCUGUUUGAAUCCAAGGCUGCAGCUACAGGAGAAGCAAGACCUAACUGGGGUGUAAAUGCUUGGAACCCCUCCAUCGUAGGCUCAGGUUGUAUAUAUGUGUAAAUAAACCAUAUACUGUAUAAUAAAGACACCACAGUCUCCGCUGUGCCUCAUUUCCAGAAGGAAAAACGAACCCUGGGUAAGCGCCUGGAACCCCUGGAAUCUUGCACCACUCAGAGAUUGGGUUGGUGUGCAGCAAUAGAGAUUUCUAAUUUGUGAGUUUGGGUGCUGUGCUUGCAUGCACACACACUCACACAUAGCUCAUACAGGGUGUUUAUAUGUCUUCUUAUUAAUAAUUCGUUCAUCCUAUACUUUUCAGUGUAUUCCCAAUUCUCCACAAGGUCAUUUUUUAAAGGAGGGGAGAUGUAGAUUUGUUAUGCUAGAGCAACAAAGUGCUUUAAUCCAAACUUAAACUUUGGGAUGUGCUUGAAUCCCUCCCACAACAUGCUGACAGUCUGGAGAUGAUCUAGGUAAAAAUAUAGCAGCUUUAUUGGACAAACUGGACAAAUAUAGCAUCAAACCUUAGGGCAUAUGUGGAGAAAGUUCUUCAGUACUGUUUAUCAUCUCUAAACUCCAACAAAGCGAUGUAUACUUUGUUUGUGUGCACUUGCAAGCAUCCCAAUGGCCUUUUGCCCACAUCAGAAUCAAGAUUCAACAUAAUCUAUGGAAGCAGCACCCACAUUUCCCCAGACUAUAGGCUAAAACCUUUUCUUCUAGUGUUGACAGUAUAGCCGUGAAACAUUCACAUGUAAAUGUUUUAACUGUCAAAUACAUCCUACCUACAAAGCACACAGGAAGGAAAAGGUUGAGUCAUGAGGCUCACAGCUUCACUUCUUUUCUAGAUUAAUUCUUUCUAUUAAACACAUACACAUGCUGAUUCAACCCUAGCACAUUGUUCUGCAUUGAGCAACUUCUUGUGAAGUUCAUGCUACCUUUGUGUGUUUUAUGAAAAGUUUAUUGAUGUUUCAAGGUAAAGUUGAUGAGUCAUAAACAGGGUAGGAAAUAUAUCUCACUCUCCUCAUUUUUCCUCUGUUCAAGCUCCAGCAGCAGGAAUUUUAAAUAGGGGCUGGCUACACAUUACACUUGAAAAGUGAAUGACUGCUUCCCAAAAGCCCUAGACCACUCAUUCUGGACCCUCACACCUAUGAUUCUCUUCCCUUUUCAGCUCUUUCUCCCUUUCUCACUCCUAGGAUCUCCAGGGCUACUACUGAUGCGACAUCUGCAUUCUCAGCUCACCCUUUCUCUACCUCAGUACAAACCACCCCAGGUGAGCAGUAGGUGAUGGUAAUGGCACUAGUGGCAGCAGCAGAGAUUGCCCUUCCUUAAUGCUCUAGUGUCAAACUCAGGACAGAAGAGAUGGAUAAAGGACCAAUAAGACCAACCUGGGUGGAAAGUUCUGAAUGUCCCAGCCUGACUUAUGGUAGCAGAAGACCAACAGAGAAGGGCUCUAACUCAGUAGAUGAACACAUGCAAAAGGUCCCAGGUUCAAUCCCUGGCAUUUCUGUGUUGGGAUAGAGAAAGAUUCCUGCCUCAAACAGUGAAGAGCUACUGCUAGACAUAGCAGACUAGGGGUAACCCAUGUGGUGUGCUCAAAAUGUUGUUGGACUACAUAUCCCAUCAUCCAUUGGGCAUGUUGGCUGGGACUGCUGGGAGUUGUAGUACAACAACACCUGGAGGUCACCAGUUUGGCUAUCUCUGUAAUAGACAGUGCUGAGUUAGAGAGACCAAUGCUUUGACUUCAUGUCCUACAGCUUUGUAUGGACCUCCUCUUCACUCCAUAUGGAAACUAUAAGAAGCAAGCCCUGAGGUAUUAAGGCAAGGAAAAUCCUUCAUUGUAUAAGGCACCAAACCAGAACUUUAGGAAACCAUUGCUGAUAGUUUAUUCCAAACUUCAAGAGAACUAAUGUUCUAUCUAUUCUAGCUGAGAUUCAGCAUCUGGACGAUUAUGGUUGUACAGUAUGCAGGACUGUAUGAAAGAAGGCUGCUUAUCUGCAAACUCCGCCAUCAACACAGGGCCAAUGCAAUCUGACUUUUGAGCCAAUUCCACCUGAUUAUGAGACUAAUAGCACAAUCCUAUGUGUGUUUACUCAUAAAUAAGUCCCAUUGAGUUCAGUUGAGCUUACUUCCAGGUAAGCAGGUACUGGAUUGCACCCUAAGGCCAUCUUUUGCAUUCCAUUUGGCCCUCUGCUGACAAUUUAAUGGUUUCACAGUAUUUAUGUCAGUAUAGAAUUCUGAUUUCUGAAUGUGCAAAUGUUUUCUUGAUUCUUUAAGCGACUGCAAAGGCUUGCAUUCACUCCAGAUGCUUUAACUAACAGUUGUCCUGGCAUUUUUAGGUGUCCAGGAGACAUUGCUGGCCAUUUAUAUGA